UUAAAAUGACAAGAAGUAAAGCGAAGUCCACAAUACAAAAUUUUAUUCAAUGAUUGAUGUCAGGAUGUCACUCAUGAAUCGAAAGUGGGCUCUUACAAUUAUUGUAACGUAUGGCAAUCGAUUUCUAUUUAGCCCUGAACUUUUAUGUAUGGUAUGAACGAUUGUGUUCAAACCAACGCUUGAAUAGUUACCCCAAGAGCCCCGUAUGUCUAACAGUGUGUAACUGUCAUUAGAAAAUUCUAAUUUCGAAUUUUAAAAGUAAUAAAAAAUUAAAUCAAGAAUGUGCUUGGACUUCAUUAUUUUUAGUUAAUUUCGGACAGAGAUUUAAAAACAGUACUGGAUUUCUUUGAAGAAGUAUAAAGUUUUUAUAAUAGUAUACAACUGAACAUUUUAAAAUAAACGAUGUUGAUGACCGAAUUUACAAGAAUGGGGGAUUGCUUACAACAUGAAAUAAUAAUGUUUUGGGAGUAUGUAAAACGAACAUUAUGAUGUAACAUUGAAGAAUACAUUUUGAAAUUUCGUCCGACAUUCCAAAAGUUUUACAAAUCCUUAUCAAUAUUAGAAAAUAAUAGGAGUUUUUGCGAAGGAAUACCUGUAGAUAAGUGAUUGAGUGAAGUCAACCCCCGACUUAUCGCUAACAGAAUUAGGUAUAAAUACUUUGAGUAAGAAAUGAGGAACCAUCAGUGCUUUGAAUUACUCGUCAAGGGGAAGUCCAGAUUCCAAAAUGUUUAAAUCUAUUAUAAUAUUAUCGGCACUGAUAGUUUUCGCAAUAGCAGCAGAACUGCCUAUAUCACAUAGAUCUUCAGAAAAACAAGUCUUUAAAACUGAUCUGCGAUCUAACGAAGGGUUUGAAGCUCAGGCUGUUUUCAAAGAUGAGCUUAAAGAUAUUAGUCAUCCAGUGUACAAAGCUGAUGAAAGGAUAGAAAAAAAUGAAGGUAGAGUAAGGAUUGAACCAGUGAGACCAACUGGACCCGUUAUUCAGCAAGAUAGAAUGUUAGCUGAUGAGCCUAUGCCAUCUACUGAUGUCAAUAGAAAUGAUAAUAUUGGAAUGCCUAAUUAUGGUUUUGAACCGAUCCAGUCAGAAGUAACUUUCCCAGGUGUCCCUUAUGCACCCGGCUAUAAUUAUGACACAGGCUAUUUAUCUUCUAACAAUUAUGAUUUGUACCGCGACAACUACUUGAUGGAGCCGGAUACUUCUUCUUUAGGUUUAGUUUGGGGUCAACUUCCUAACGCUAGGACAAUCGUGUAUGCUCUGGGCAGAACCUUGAACUGGGUAUUUAGCAGUAUUUUUGUUUUAUUGCUCGGUUCCAUUCUAACUCUUGGAGUUUGUUCUUACACCAACCUCUGCACUUUAACGUUCCACGGCAUCGGACCUAUCCACGAAGAGAUGAGAUCUCUCAUGACCCCGGAACGCUUGGAGAAAAUUAGCACAGCAGCUGAUUUCGUGAAGAAUGCUAUUGAUAAAUAUCAAAAGAUUCAGAAAGUCACUAACUUGAAUAAUGUUAGAAGUCGUCGUGCCAUUUAUAAUUUAUAAUGCUUAUGAUGUCAAAAUUAUUCAAUAAAAAUACGGGUUUCAGUGGAUACAGAUACUUUUUUC